AUGAACAAAUCUCUCGCUCUCUUAGUAGCGCUCGCCGCCGGCGCCCGCGCCAACCUCUUCUGCAACUCUGCUUGCGACUGGAAUGCGCUUGCCGCGAACGCCGAGGCGCCUUCGGCCACGUGCGGUGACCGCAUCACGUGGCUAAUCAACAACCGCGCCAUGAGCGAGGCCGAGGCGUGCUCGACCGUCGCGGGAGAAUUCCCAAGCAUUUGCGGCUCGUGCGCCGGCGACGCGCCGGCGCCGGCGCCGGCGCCGCCGGUCCAGCCAGGCGCCGACCUCGAGGUCGCCACGUUCAACCUCUACGAGUGGAACGUCGGCGCGAAUAAUCGCUGGGGCGCGCUCUACGACAAGAUCCAGAGCCAGUCCUUCGACAUCAUCGGCUUCCAAGAGGCGACCGGCGUCGCGAACGUCAUCAACUCCGUGCCGCGCAUGAACGGGUGGAGCUACUACGAGCCGACCGCGAUCGGCGGCUACAACGACAACCCGUCGCCGAUCGCGUGGGACGACGCGCGCUUCACGCUCCUGGCGUCGGGCUGGCGCGAAGUCGGUAGCGACCAGUGGGGUGCUACGGGUCGCGCCUCGAGGCCCUCGAGAGCGGCUGGAUGGACGUGCCGCGCGACUGCUACGCGCAGCGCACGGUGACCUGGGGCAAGUUCCAGAUCCGCGCGACGGGCGACGAGUUCUGGUUCUUCAACACGCACCUGCCGCAUAACGGGUGCGCCGCGACGGACCGCAACACCCACGCGGGAAUUGCGCGCCAGCUGGUCGACAAGCGCGAAGAGCUCGGCGCGGGCGGUAGUCCUACCAUCGUCGUCGGCGACUGCAACCCGUUCGCCUCGGGUGGUGCGUCCGAGGGCUCCUUCGAGUCGAACCUCGCGAGCCGCGGCAUUCCGCUCGUCUACAUGGGAACCGGCCAGUUCGGCGGCUACGGAGGCCUGGACAAAAUCUUCGCGACAAGCGAGUGGACGACGAUCGAUGCGAGAGACCGCGGCACCGGCGGCUCUGACCACCCAGCCAUCUCGGCCGAGCUGCGUCUCUGA